GAGAAGAAGAAGAAGAGCAGCAACAGUGAGUGCAAGUGCAAUUGAAAAAGUUGUCACAGCUGCCCAGCCCCGCCCCGCCCGCACCCCAACUGAAGUGUGCGCACUUGAAAUAUUUGUAACUCUCUUUUUUUUGCAACAAUUUGUGCGGUUUGUGCCGCCCACAACAGAUUUUUAAAUGAAACCGGAAAAUUGGCUAGAAACAUCUGCCUCGACAUCAGCAGCAGCAGCAGCAGCCGCAACAGCAGCAGCAGCAGCAUCAAAAUCGGCAGCAGCAGCAGCAACGUACACCAGCAAUGCGAAGUGCGGGACACUAGACGGAGCCGCCGAACCGUUAUUUCAUCAGCAGCGCAACAACAGAAUGGACGUUUACCAGAUUGACGACGGUUUCCAUUCGGAUGGCGGCACCGAAACGCCGCCGCCAUCGCCCAGUUCGGGUUCGUCGAUAGCAUCGACCUCGGACCAUGGAUCGCUGGAGAGUGUGGAUACUGGGGGAACACAGCGGCUGGCUGUGCUCUCGUUUGAGCAGGUGCGCAAGCUGCACGACGUCAUGGACGAGAAGGUGGCCAUACAUGGACGCGGCAAUUUUCCGACGCUCGAGGUGACGCUCAAGGAUCUGGUGAAUGUGGUGCGACGCAAACUGGAGGCGGAUGUGAACAGUGGCGGUGCUGGUGUCUUGGUGAAGGAUAUACGCCUCAAUGGCGGCGCUGCUAGUCAUGUCCUCGGCAACGAGGAUCAGCAGUAUAACGAUCUGGAUCUGAUCUUUGCCAUCGAGCUGAGCUCGCCGCGUGUCUUCGAUCGCGUCAAGACCGCCGUGCUGAACACCCUGCUCGACCUGAUGCCCGAGGGCGUCUGCAAGCGUCGCAUCUACACGUGCUCCCUCAAGGAGGCCUAUGUCGGCAAAAUGGUCAAGGUCAACAAUAAUAACGAUGGCGACCGCUGGUCCCUCAUCUCCCUGGGCAAUUCGCCCGGCCACAAGAAUGUCGAGCUGAAGUUCGUCGACACGAUGCGUCGCCAGUUCGAGUUCUCCGUGGACUCGUUCCAGAUUGUGUUGGACUCGCUGCUGCUGUUCUACGAUUGUGCCGCUCUGCCCAUAUCGGAGAACUUCUAUCCGACCGUUGUCGGCGAAUCGGUGUACGGUGACUUCCAGGAGGCGCUCUAUCACUUGCAAAAGAAACUGAUCUCAACGCGCCAGCCGGAGGAGAUACGCGGCGGUGGCCUGCUCAAAUAUUGUAAUCUAUUGGUGCGCAAUUAUACCGCCGUCGAUUCGCAAUUGAUAAAGACACUGGAGCGCUAUAUGUGCUCCCGAUUCUUCAUCGAUUUCCCCGACAUUAACACACAGACAACGAAACUGGAGGCCUAUUUGCGCAAUCAUUUCUGGGGCAUCGAUGAGGAGCCGCUGCAGUACGAGUACCUGAUGCAUUUAUACAAUGUUGUCGAGAUGUCCACCGUCUGCCUGAUGGGGCACGAGCGUCGACAGACUCUCUCGCUCAUCCAUUCGCUUGCCAAUCAGGUGAAGCAGGCACAGGAGCAGCAGCAACAGUAUCACCAUCACCAUCAUCACCAACAGCAGCAGCAGCAGCAACAGCAUCAUCAUCAUCACCAACAACAGCAGCAGCAACAUCAUCACCAGCAGCAGCAACACCAUCACCAGCAACAUCUACACCAGCAACAUCAAUUCCUACACCAACAACAGCAACAGCAGCAGCAGCAGCAACUAGACCCGCAGCAGCAGCAGGGUGGAGUGCAGACGACGCAAGUUUUGACACUCGUUUCAACAACGGCGCCGCAACAGACGCCAACGAUUUAUGUGCAACAGGCGACGCCGGUUUGCUGCACCACAACAACAACGGCAGGAGCAGCAGCAGCUGUCGCUGGCACAGCAGCAGCAGCAACAACAGCUGCAGUUGUCGCCGGCACAGCGGCAACAGCCGAGCAGCAACAGCAGCAGCAGCAACAGACCAUACAGAUUCAAGCUGGUCCGCCUGGACUGAUCUAUGCCAAUGGCGUCUACUAUGCACCUGUGAUUCCCAGCUCCAUUUGCACCUGCAAUUCCACUUGGCUGAGCACGUGAUUAGAGCAGCCGCCGCAGCAGCAGCAACAGCAGCAGCCACUCGAGACACAGCAACAACAACAACAACUACAACAGCAACACUAUUACAACCAUAACAACAACAACAGCAACAACAACAAUAGCAACAACAACAACAACUUAAGCACAGCACUGGAUGAGGAUGUGGCAGCCACAGGCAGCUUGGUGCUGACGCAGCAGCAGAUCAACAAUUUGCCCGUUUACAAACUGAACAACAGCAGUAACUACAACAGGAAGAAGAAGCAAAGGAAGCAACAACAGUUGCUGCAGCAACAGCAACAACAACUGCAGCAGCAACAACAACAACAACAACAACAGAUGGGCACCUACAGUGGUCAGUUUGCAUAUUUCUAUCCGCAUGAUGGAUCAGCGCCCAGUUUGCUGCUGCUCGGCGAGGACUCCUAUUUAAACGUGACGCAGCAACAGCAACAACAACAACAACAACAAUAUCUAUAGGAAAACAUAUGCAAUGCAGUUAUGAUGUAGCCAGGAAUUGGAUUAAUUCGAUGUACAUAGUUGUUAUGCAUAUAUUAUAUAUGUAUAUAUAUACAUCUAUAUAUCCAUAUAUAUAUACUUAUAUAUACACGUUCUGUUGUUAUGAUCUGUUGCCCGAAUGAUGAUGCACGAUGAUGUUGUUGUUGUUGUUGAAUAACAAAAACAAACACUCAACAAACAACUAAAAACAAGAAUAGAAGAAAGACGCCAAGUUUCAACUAAUUUAACUGAGGAAGAGCCGCUGUUUUGGGAGUGCGCUGGAAUCAGGAGACAAGAGCAAGAGCGGCAAGAGGGACGGUGCAACGUCGUAAAUGAGAAGAAAAGAUGCCACAGUUGUAGACCCCAAUCCGCGGACAAAGCAAGCAGCACACCAGCAACGCAACCAAUCAACAUGCAACUCCAAAUUUUCAUCACAAUUUACAAAAAAAUAAGAAAAAAAAAUUCCAAAUUGUAUCUUUUUGCGUCGCAAAGAAAAAAAAAUGAGUUUGUCUUGUAUCCACAAAACACAAUCUUCAAAAAUGCUUAUCAAACUUGCAGUUUUUCGAUAGCCCCUCGCUUGGCCUUCCCCGAAUUUGCCACCCGGCUCUGCUCGUCGCACACAUUUCAAGAUUGAUUUUGUACUAAUAAAAAGAGUUAAAAUUGCGGCGCAACACACUUAAAA